AUGGGACGCGCUCUGCAAGUCUGCGGCAACGGCGCAACGCCUGAGCACCCGAUCCUCUCGCUCACCCAGCUACUCGAUAUUCGCGCUGAGGAGCAGGCCGACAAGCCGGCUUUCCACACCGUCAUCCCCGAGGACGGCGACGAUUGGCGUAUACAUACACUCACCUACGCUCAACUUCGCAAGGCCAUCGAACGUAUCGCUUGGUACUACUCCGAGCCUGCUCCCGGCCCCAACCUCCGUCUACCUGAACCAUCUGGUGACAGCGUACCGCCUCCAAAGACCAUAGGCCUCUUCCUCCAUACAUCUCUGAACUUAACGUUCACCGAAUACGCGCUUCACCGCCUUGGACUGACUUCUCUGCUCAUCUCGCCCAACAACUCAGCGCCAGCGGUCGCCAGCUUACUCGAGAAGACCGAUUCCCAUACGUUGAUCUACGGCGAGCGUCUCUCGGAGACCGCGCAUCACGCUCAAGAGAUCCUCAAGGGAAAAGGCUAUGAGCUCACCCUUCUACCAGAGAAGGUCUUCCCGCUUUGGGGGAAGGACGGUGUUGAUGAGGCCAACGUUGAACGUUAUCCGACGCUUCUUACGCCAGAGAUGGAACACGAGCGCCCGUGCAUCAUCCUGCACUCUAGCGGCUCUACUGGAUUCCCCAAACCUCUCAAUGGCAACCAUCGUACUGUCGUCGCCAACGGUGCCAUGAACUGGGGUCUAAUCGGCGCAACCGUUCUCCCUCUCUUCCAUGGUUUUGGCCACCACUCGACCCUUCGCUGUAUCUCCGCCGCCCAACCACUGUCAGUGUUCCCAGCACAUCUCCCGUUGACCGCGAAGAACAUCGUGCGCUUCUUCGACACGGUAGAGCAGCAGACAGGCGUCGUUCUGGAACAGCUUUUCGCCGUCGCGUACAUUCUCAAGCUUCUGUCAGAAGAUGAGAUUGCGUGCAGACGCCUGACGCGCUUCGAGCUCGUGUCUUUUGCCGGCAGCGCGGUACCUGACGAGGUCGGCGACAAGCUCACGAAUGCCGGUGUGCGGCUACUCUCGCUCUUUGGCACGACGGAAACUGGCGGCAUCAUGAGUUCUCUGCGUGACUUCGACACCGAUACGGCGUGGAACUACCUCGCGUUACCGGCCGGCAACAACCGCAAGUUCGUCAAGCUCGUGCAGCACGGCACCUCCGAGUCUGGUGUCUUUGAAGUCGUGGUGACGAAGGGGUAUCCUUCUUUGGCCAUCUCCAACCAGCCCGACGGCUCCUUCGCGACUCGCGAUCUCUUUGUGUUCCACCCUACGCUCAAGGACCGCCUGAAGUACGUCGGACGCCUCGACGAUACCCUUACGCAAACGCUCGGCGAGAAGACAAACCCUGUGCCCAUCGAGCUCACCAUCCGUGGCGCGAGCGAGUAUGUCUCGCAAGCAAUCGUGUUUGGUGAUGGCAAACCAUUCUGCGGUUGCCUCAUCUUGCCGUCUGAAGCGGCGAAGGACGUCGCACACGACCGAGCGCUGUUGUUGGAGAAGGUUCGGCCGGCAGUUGAACUCGCCAACAAGGACGCACCCAGUCAUUCUCAGAUUGUUCCAGAGAUGAUCGAGUUCCUCCCUCUCAACGCCGAGGUACCGCUCGCUACGAAGGGUUCCAUUCUUCGCCCGUCGUGUUAUGCGGCAUACAAGGAUCUGAUCGAGUCCGUCUACGCUCGCUACGAGUCUGGCUCCUCCGGCAAGCCUAAGCUCGCGCUCGAGCCGCCUCAGCUUGAAGACUUCCUCAUGCACACAAUCGCCGACACCAUUGGCGAAGCGCGCGCGGCGAACCUCAAGCGCGAUGAUGACCUCUUCCGCUUCGGCAUUGACUCCCUCCAAAGCGCGCGCAUCCGCACCAUGUGCAUGCGCGAGCUUGACCUCGGCGAUAAGAAGCCCGGAGAGAACGUCGUCUACGACCAUCCUUCGGUAGCCAAGCUCGCUGCCCACCUUCAUGCGCUACGGACAGGCGCUGGCAACCCAGACGCCGAAGCGCUCACGAAGCAGCAACAUGACGUCAUGCGCUCGCUGGUCGACAAAUACGCAAAAUACCUCGUGUCGCAUACCUCAAGUGCCAGCACAUCAGCACCUUCCGGUCAUGUCGUAGUCCUUACGGGCGCUACGGGUGCCUUGGGCGCACAUAUAGUCAACCAGCUACUCGGUGAUGAGAAGACGGAGCGCGUCGUGUGUCUUGUGCGCGCGCGCAACGACGAGCAGGCGGCGGAGCGCAUCAGGGACUCGUUUAAGGCGCGCAUGCUGCCCGCGUUCGAGGUCGCCGAGAAUGCGCGCGUUGUGGCGUAUGCCGCUGACCUCGACCGGGAUGAUCUUGGGCUUAGCCCAAAAGUGUAUCCGCGCCUACGGGAUACGGCCACGGCCGUCAUUCAGAACGCGUGGGCGGUCAACUUCAACCUCGGCGUCGAGUCUUUCGAAGCCGACAACAUCCGUGGCGCCGCGAACCUCCUCAACCUCUGCCUUCGCUCACCCCGCUCGCGGCCCGCCUGUUUCUACUUCUCGUCGUCCGUCAGCGCACGACAGGGCAUCUGGGCACCUCAGGUUGAGGAGGUCAUCACGGAUGAUCCUGCGUACGCCGCGCCGACUGGAUACGGCCGUUCGAAGUGGAUCGUGGAGAAACUUUGCCAGCGCGCGGCGGCUGAGCGUGGUGUGCAUUGCGGAGUGUUGAGGAUCGGGCAGAUGGUUGGGGAUAGCGUCAAUGGCGUAUGGAACACGACGGAGGCCAUUCCUUUGCUGUUCCGCUCGGCGCAGGUCAUCAACGUCUUGCCCGACAUCGACGACUACCCCUCAUUCCUCCCAAUCGACGUUGCCGCGCAUGGUAUCUCCGAGAUCGUCCGCACAGGCGAUCGCGGACAGACCGCAUCGCUCUACCAUGUCGUAAACGCGAACAUGACAACGCACUGGCGGACAAUGUACGACUUCUUCCGCGCCGCAGGGCUUGUUUUCGACGUCGUCGACCGGCGCGCAUGGGUAGAGCGUCUCGCAGAGGGCCCGAGCGAUCCCGUCGUGAAUCCGACGUACAAGUUGCUCGACUUCUACCGCAACCGCUACGCGAAGCCCGAGAAACUCAACCGCUCGAUUCAUUUCGAGGUCAAGCAUACAGCCGAAGUUGCACCUGCUAUUGCUGCUGCUCCGGCGAUUAGCGAGGAGCUGGUGAAGAAGUGGGUCGCAAGAUGGAAGGAGGCUGGGUUCUUGCAGUAG